AUGAUCUUGCUCAGCAGCGUACCUUACCGAUGGCGAUACAUUAUUGGAUUUGUCAUCUUUUCGCUUGUCGUUUUGCAGUCAUGGUUUAUCACUCACCCACACCAUCCACCGGGCCACAAUGAGUUAUCCGUACCAACAAACGACGACCAAACACCACCUAUGCCAUCAAACGGGUUCGCUUCAAAAUUGCCAACCAUUCAACACCCGAAUGUUAUGACCGAACCUGAUCCACGUCGUGAAGCCAUUGUGGAUGCUUUCAGGCACGCAUGGGCUGGUUACAAGGAGUACGCUUGGACACACGAUGAACUUAAACCUGUGAGCAAAAGUUUUAAAGACCCAUUUGGUGGGUGGGGUGCCUCUUUGGUGGAUGGACUCAGCACUUUGCUUGUCAUGGGCCUGGAAGAUGAAUUCCGCGAAGCAUUACCAGAAUUAGAAAAGAUCGAGUUUCAUGCAUUUGAUGGCAAAGUGAGCGUCUUUGAAUCCAUCAUUCGGUAUUUGGGUGGGUUGCUUAGUGCCUAUGAACUUUCAAAUGAGCAAUACCCCAUCUUGCUUGAAAAGGCAGAUGAACUUGGUCAAGCCCUGUUACCAGCUUUUGAUACCCCAAGCGGAUUACCAACCCAUGAAUGGAACCCUGCAAGAGGAAAGGCACCCAGCAAUACAACCUUGAUUGCUGAAGUGGGUACUGUUCAACUUGAGUUUUUCACAUUGUCACGGCACACCGGGAAGAAAAUUUAUGCAGAAAAGGCACAAGCUAUUGUGAAUUUCCUCGAGAAUGCAGGAUACGAACAUGGAAUCUAUGUGCCUGGUCUUUAUCCAAGUGGCAUGCAAACAACCAAGGGUAGAUUUACCGAUGCAACGUGUAGUUUUGGUGCCAUGGGUGAUAGCGCAUACGAGUACUUUCUCAAGGAGCACAUUUUGACGGAUGGCGCCAUGCCACAGUACGCACGUUUAUAUACCCAAUCCAUCGAUAGCAUGAAGCGAUACAUGCUACGUCAAUUACCUGGUACCCGAUUUUUAUUCCUUCCUCCCUAUGAUACAAGGACUGACACACUUAAAAAGCACAUGGAUCAUUUGACAUGCUUUGCUCCUGGUAUGCUGGCCAUGGGAGCCAAGGUAUUGGAUCGUCCUGAGGAUAUGACCAUUGCAAAAGGAUUGCUCGAGAUGUGCGUAUACAUGUAUCGAAGCACAUCCACAGGCUUAUGUCCUGAGAAUUGGGUAGCAGAUGAUACCGAGCCCUAUAAUCCUUUGACCUACACCUUGUCUCGCGAUGAAAUCAUCAAUGCACAUGAUUGGUGGUACAAUGCCAACGCAAACACCCCACCUGCAAGAGCUGUGCAACCUAUAGGCGCAUCUACGGGUGAACCACCUUCAUUGCUUAGCAGCAAAUUGCCAUCCGCUCCAUUGCCUCGGCCUAAUGGAUUGCGUGUGAAUGACAAGCGCUAUUUGCUUCGACCCGAGACGCUUGAAAGCUUGUAUAUGCUGUAUCGCAUUACGGGUGAUCCAAUUUACCAAGAAUAUGGUUGGGAAAUCUUCCAGGCUAUUGAAAAGUAUUGCAAGACUGAGGCUGGUUAUGCAUCUAUUAUCAACGUCGAGAUGGCGAGACGUGGCACCAAUCAACUUGAUUCUAUGGAAAGUUUCUUGUUUGCCGAGACCCUCAAGUACUUGUACCUCUUGUUCAGCCCUGGCAACGUGAUUUCAUUAGAUGAGUAUGUCUUUAACACUGAAGCACAUCCGCUGGUUCGAAGAAAGUGGAUUUAG